AGAUUAUAUUAUUGGUCAAGAUCUAAACGCUUCGCUUCGGGGUCUGAGAAGAGAAGACGCUUCGCAGCACUCACCACUCCCCACUUAUUACCAACCCCUCCGUCUCAUAAUUCAACUCUUCCCUGCCAAUUUCAUUUGAGCUGUGCCCCGUAAUUUACGACUGCAAGUGGAUUAUGGCAGAUUCAUUGGGUCUGGUAAAAGUGACUGUUGUGCAAGGGAAAAAUUUGGUGAUUCGAGACUUCAAGAGCAGUGAUCCUUAUGUCAUUGUUAAGCUGGGCAAUCAGACAGCAAAGACCAGAGUUAUAAACAGCUGCCUUAAUCCUGUUUGGAAUGAAGAACUAUGUUUCUCCCUAACAGAACCUGUUGAAAUUCUGAACUUGCAAGUGUUUGAUAAAGACCGUUUCAAGGCAGAUGACAAGAUGGGGCAUGCUCACCUCAAUCUUCAACCAUUAAUCUCAGCGGGUAGAUUGAGGCAGGUACUUGGAGUUUCUUCUGGCGUAACAACAUUAAGGAAGGCCAUCCCCAGUAGCGACAAUUGUCUUGCUGUGGACAGCACAAUUGGUUGUACAAACGGUGAGGUUGUGCAGGAUGUUUGGUUGAGGCUUUCUGAUGUGGAGUCUGGGGAGAUAGAGCUAAAGAUCAAAUUAAUCAAUCCUCCUCCUGUUGCUCCCUCAAAGUAGUGUAAAACAUGCAUGGUUGGCUGUAGCAGGCAAGGACUUGUUCAACCAUAGAGAAGUGUUUAAUAUGGCCGUCUUGUUUCCUUUCUUGUGCCUGUAGCAUAAUAUCUUUAGAAGGAAGGAAUGAAGGAAGGAGAAUUAUACAGGUGCCUUAGCAAUGGGAUUUUCACUAAUAGCUAAGUUAAGUUUGCUUUAAAUUUUUUAUUUUUUUUUUCUAGUGUGUGUUGAUAAAGUUGUAAACCUGUGUCAUGAACUGAAGGGUGUACGCAUGUAUUCUUUGUGUUGCAAAUGACUAAUGUUUGCAGUUGUGUAAAAUCAUUAUGUAGUGCCUAAUUAAAUCAAUUCUUCCUCC